AUGGACAGCUCGCCCUUUGGUCGACUGAGCCCCGAGCUCCGAAACAUGAUCUGGAAGCUGGCUGUCACACAAGGCGGACCAACGUACAUUGGGUUCCGUGAGAAGCCCGAACCGCCUAUCACUCGAGUCUGCAAGCAGAUCCGGCAGGAGAGCAUUCUCGUGUUCUACAGCGAAGCUACGUUUGCGGUGUGCGUGGAUCUACGCUCGAACCAGAGCAAAGAGCGUCUUACGCAAUGGUACAAGUCCAUCGGUGCGGAAGUGUGCGCGUUGGUGAAACUUCUCACCGUCUACUCAACCAACAUCGACAAACUUGACUUCAGUGAACGCUACCUUAGUGGGCUGGGGCCGGCAGGGGAGCUGGAAGGACGUCUUCUAUUCCACACCCAUGGACAAGACUCGGUGUCCUUUCGGGGGCCACAAGUCAUCCGGAUCACAGAGCGCAAAGCAGACGGGACAAUGGUCCCCCGCCACGACUCUCUAACGUCGGAAUGGGUGCGUGUCUCAGAUGGGUUGUAUCGGCGAGUCGAGGAUCAGGAUUCGACGUGGGUGCAAGCACGCAUCAAGGAGCUUGAGAUAGCGGACAAACGUAUUCGUUUCCUGAGCGACGCUUUCGGAUGGCUGCACGACGGGGCCGGUCUCUCGUACCUUUACAAUGACGCGAGCGAUGAGUAUGAAGACGACUACGAAGACGGCGACGAAAGCGAGUGA